AUGUCAGGCUGGUUCACCCUCUUCACAAACUGUCGCUACAUUCUCAAUGGCAGGCUUGUCGAUGACCACCUCGUCAUCUCCGACGAGACGGGCUUGAUACUGAAGCGAGAAGGAUAUAUUGGGGGUGAAGCAAUAGACUUGGAAGACAAUAUCAUCGCCCCAGGAUUCCUCGAACUUCAUACCAACGGUGCCAAUGGAUUCCACUUCACCCACUAUGAGGAUGAGAAGAGCUAUUGCAAGGAACUCGACGACCUUGCGAGGUACUACGCAACCCAAGGUGUGACUGCUUUCUGGGCGACGAUACCGACCGUGAAAGCGGAGGAAUUUCAACGAAUCCUCCCCUCUCUCACCCCCCGCUCCAUACCCUCUUCUGCCUCCCUCCUCGGCGCCCAUGCAGAAGGCCCAUACCUACAUCCUACGAAGAAAGGCGCCCACAACGCCUCUCUCCUCCAUCCCUCUUCCACUUCCCCCAGCACCAUAUACGGCUCCUCCAAUCUUCGCACUUCCAUCAAACUCGUCACUCUGGCUCCUGAACUGCCCGCCUCAGACGCCCUAACGCGCACCUUGACAUCCCAAGGCAUCAAGGUAUCCAUGGGCCACUCCACCGCAACUUACGAGCAGGGCCUCGCGGGUCUCCAAGCAGGAGCAACAGGGCUAACGCAUACGCUCAAUGCGAUGCCGGCGUUUGGUUCGCGGGAGCCCGGAUUAGCGGGUCUUGUUGCGCUUCCGAGGACUGAUGAGAGGGUUCCUUAUUACACGAUUAUUGCGGAUGGACAGCACCUGCAUCCUAAUACUGUCAACCUACUGUACCGCAGUAACCCCCAACGCUCAAUCCUCGUCACUGACAGCAUUGAGCUUGCGUCGCUGGAGGAUGGGAGAUAUCCUGGCCAUGCACAGAUUCCCUUUGAGCAAGACAAGAAGGGCGCGAGGGCCACGAUCAAGGGGACUGAUACACUCAUCGGAGGCUGCAUACCGCUACAAGAGAGUGUGAGGAACUUGAUGAACUGGUCCGGGUGUGGGAUUGCAGAGGCAGUAGGAACGGUGACGGAAAACGUUGCGGCAUUCAUGGGUAUCGAUGGACAGGGUGGAAGAGGCGUGUUGAAGGAGGGGAGAAGGGCGGAUCUGACGGUGCUGAGUGAGCGGGGGGAGGCGUUGCAAACUUGGAUUGCGGGACAUAAAGUAUGGGAUCGAGAAGCAGAGGUGCAAGCUAAAGAGGACGAUGUCGACACACGCAUUUGA